AUGACUCCCUGCUCUGUCAUGUCGUCGGCCUCCACUGUAGCCAGAACCCAGGCAGACGAAGAUGAUGUCAGUGAGUACCAAGGGUUGAAAGAGUGGGCAUUUCCGACGCAGUAUUCGCAAAAGACAAUGUCCUGUCGCGUCAUGUUCCGUGUCUGGAUGCUUCUUGUCCGCAGGAAGCGCUCUUGCCAAGACCGGGUGGCGUUUGUGGAAAGCAAGAGGCUCAAUUUGAUCAAGGAAAGUUGCUUUCAUCAAUGGUUGAAUUUACAUGAGAUCAAGACCCGUGGAGUGAACAUGAUGAGCAAGGCAGUCCGGAUACAUAGGCUGAAAUUGAUGAAGAAGACGCUAUCAAGGAUUGUUGCAACUCUUGCACUUGAUAAGCAAAGUGUGUCAUUGCUGGAGGAUGAGGAAAAGCAUUCAAAGGAGAUACAACGUUUACAGUCACUGGUGUCUCGGCAUUUGAAGUUAGCGAGAUCUCAAGAGGAGCUCAUCCAGACUCUUCAGCAUCGAAUUGAGAACUCUGACAAGGAAUUCCUACUGUUCAUGCGCGAGAAAAAUCAAGAGAUCCUUCACCUGCAGUCAAAGUCUUGCGCAGACACGAGAAGUAUUCGAAAUCUGCAGAAAAAAGUUUUGGAAGAAAGCAUGAAGAACAGAAGCUUUUCUCCGCUGGAAGCGAUCUCUGAAGACAUCAAAGCUGGAGCAUCAAAAUCACAUGAAGCAAAGAGAGAGCGAAAUAGAUUGCAUCAAGAACAAUGUGAGAUUGAUUUAGCUAGUAGCCGAGAAAGGCUUGAAAGGUUAUUAAGCAGAAGAUGA